AUUCUGAUGAAAUUAUGGAAACUUACAUGAUUUCUAUACAAACUGAUAAAAGCUUUGAUGAAUUGGAAGAAAAAGAAAUCCAAUUGUAUAUCUCUUCACCAGAAAAUAGUAUGAAAGAAAACGAUAAUGAAUCCUAUUUUGA